AUGGCCAGUGCCGCGUUCACGAGAGCGACAACGAUUUUUGUCUCAAACUGCUGCCACUAUGCAGUGUACGGGGUCACUGUUUUCCCGCAGAUCGUGGAUUCUUCGUCAUCGUCUCUAGCCAGCACCGUCCGACACGAUAAGCCCAAACACCGCAAUCGUAACUGUAAAUGCGCUCUGGGUCACACAAUCGGCACGAUCAAUGACAUCAAGUUCACUCGGUUGAGACCAUUUUGGUCAAGAUGCCAGAAAAAAGCGCGUGCCGUGGCCGUCAUCCAUCCGUCCUUGGCGCGUUCCUUACACACCUGUCAUCGCUGA